AUGGUCUUCAACGAUCUAGGAAAAGGAAUACUCGACAACGCAUUUAGCGGAUAUGCAUGUUCCUUGUUUGCUUACGGACAAACUGGAUCUGGAAAAUCUUAUUCCAUCAUGGGUUAUGGACCNAACCGGUAA